ACCAAAGCGCGCGCUCAAUCCACCGUGAGGCAGCGGAGAGAGGAAGGCGCAAGCCACUUCUAUCUGUCUUCAGCCCAACUCAGAGCGAGGCUGGGGGCACAGCCACAUCGAGGCUCGGUAAACAGAAUAGCACGCGGACCAGAUUCGCCUGUUGAAGCGGAGAGAUGACGGAAAAGGAGGUGACGUUGACGGAUGGGGACAGAGGUCUCAACACACCAGCGUGUCAGACCAACGCCACAGGGAACUGUUCAAACAACGAGGCAGAAUGGAUCGCCCUGUACGACUCCACCCCGGAAGCUAUCAUCGUGCCGUGCGUGUUUGCGGCCAUUUUGGUAGUUGGCGUCAUUGGCAACGCACUUCUCAUCCUUUCUUUCGCACGUCACAAAACACUGACCAUGGCCCACAAUGCAUUAGUGGUGAAUCUGGCUUCCGGGGAUUUCAUCUUUCUGGUGGUAUCGCUGCCGUUUAAUUCAGUGUGGUACACGCUGCCGUAUUGGCCAUUCGGGUUGGUGGUGUGUAAGGUGAGCCAUUUCGCGGAGAAUUUAGCCACAGCAGUCGUUAUCACAACACUUUCUGUUCUCAGCGUGGAGCGCUGUCUGAUCGUCACCGGGAAGCGCUUAUGGAGCGAAAGAAAUAAAAACCCUCUCGUUCUCACAAUUACAAUUUGGAUGUUCGCCCUCACAGUUUCAACUCCAAAUCUGUUUUCCGCCGAUAUCGCGACGAAAGUCAUCAACGGCGAUAAGUACACGUUCUGCCACCUUUACCGCAGCGAUUGGGGGAAACUCUAUGCACAGAUUCAUGUGGCCAGCAAGUUUAUCUUACUUUUUUGCUUGCCUCUUCUCGUAAUUACCUCAGCGUACGUCAUUAUUGCUGUUCAUCUUCUCUUGAGGGCGUUCCCGGUCUCAUCCCACAAAAGGAAUUCUCGAAGGUACCAACAAGAGAUGCCCUCCAAGAAAAACACCAAAGAUUCCAACUCGGCCGGUGGUGCGAACGCAGGUUCUGGCACAGGAGAUUCCAAACAAGGCGACGCUGUCUCGUCAGUGACGCAGCAAAACAAACAAGAAGACUCGCCAGCGGGAAGCUUUACACAUGCGCAGCAGUCACCUCGCACGUCAUCUUCGGCCAGCAAACACGCUGUGGCUCCACCGUCGGGAAACCGGAGAAGUAUGGACUACACGAGUGUGACCGAAUUCACAACGGAGAUAACCGAAGUCGGCCACCAGUCACAAACUCUUCCUCCAGUUCUCGGGGACGCAGAGGACGAGUACAUCUCUGAACAAAACCACAGCAGCUCUCUUGAGCCUCAAACGCUACAAGGCGGAAACGACGAGAAGAGUUCGGAACGUUCGAGUUCGGUAAAGGAUAACCUCAACAGAAAGAUAGUCUCUUCCAAAACUCAGAGGUCAAACUCCUCCUCACCAUCCAAAGACUUCGCCAUCUCCAGAGCGCCUGGAUCUGGAGGCCAUGGAAACUCCACCAAAGAAACCACGCCUCUCAACCCGGCCAUGUUGAGUCGAGAAAAACCCAGGCGGGAGACAGCGGCCACAAAGCGUCGCCGACUGGCUAUCACUGUUCUAAGCUUGAUUGCCGCGUUUGCUGUCUGCUGGGCUCCACGCCACGCCUACCUGCUGUGGUACCACUUCGACCCUGGGAAUUUCGAUGACUUUUGGUACGCCUUUAAGAUCCUUGGCUUCUGCCUGUCCUUCUCCAACUCAGCGGUGAACCCGCUGGUUUUCUACGUGUUGGAUUCCAAGUACAGGAGCUUCGUUCAUUCGGCUCUGUGUGGCGUGUGCAUGCGUCAGUGCAAACCCACUACCGAGGCGGCUGGGAUGCCUUUGCUGACCAUGGGCGACAGAGACUACAACGCCACCAUCGCCGUGACCGACUCCAAAGUGAGGAACAACAUCACCCAGGUGUGAAGAUUGAAACUAGCCAGGAAGCCAAGCCAGGUCUGCUAGCACUUUAGUUCUAAGGCGAGGUGGUCGACUGUUGCUGCUGCCGCUGCUGCUGCCCAGACGAACUCGAUGCUUGGAGUUUCGGGUCUGAGUGAGUGGGUCACUGAAAACCGCCGCUGCCGACUGAAAAUGACGUCGUCUAUAUGCCAACAAUGAUGACCCGUAAAGCCGAUCAUUUAUCGACAUUUUCCGAAUGAAUAAUGGCAUUUAGCAACAGCUUGUACGCACUUACGUUUCAGACCAACAGCGUGUUGGGACAUGUUUCUUUCUUUUCCCCUCAGGUCGCAUGAAAUGUUUGACUUAUGGUAAGAUGUGAGUUUAUGACAUAAUUAUUGACCUGAAAGUAUUUUGCAGUAUGUGUUUAAUGUGAAUGUACACAAAUAUGAAGUCUUGAUACAAUAUCUUAGAAAAAAAUGAUCAUGAGUCUCAAAGGACGCUUAUUAGGGAGGCCACGCGAAUUAUUCUUUUUUUUAAAUCUGAAGGUUGCUGUAAGCAAGUGCUGUUUGAAGGACAGAUCAAAACCUUUUUUUAAUAUUCUUUACAUAUCAAACCUUCUGUUAGUCUAGCAUUUCAUCUUAUUUGUAUACUCCAGUGCAAAGUAGGUCAAAACACUCAUAACUAAUUGCAUCGUCCGAAUAGAAAAAUCGAAACAUACAAUGAGGAUCCACCUAAUUGAACAAGUUGAAAAAAUGUAAGAAGUUGAUUUUCAAUCUUCAAUUUGAGUAGAAAUCGCCGCUUAUUCUGUCAAAAGCAUUCUCACGCAUAUUAUGAAAUGCAUAUUAUUAUAUAUGUACCUGUAUAUGUAGAAUAUACAUGUGCAUUUAAACCUUAUAUUUAUGAAUGUUUGUGACCUUUUAUUUGGUUUGAAUACAUGUUUGUAGAAUGUGGAUAUUCAGUGUACUCAUGCUUUCAUGACUCGCCAGCCGAGGGCUUUUUGUUGCUCUGGUGUAGAAGGAGGAAUGUUUCACAGAAUGAUGAAGAGAAAAGUGGAAUUCCUAGGAAUAAUAUCAAUAGAAGCUAGUCCAAGACAAGCAAAAUUAGAAAGUCAUUGUCAGCAGCCUUUGCCCUGAUUCAGGUUGAGAAAGACAAUGACGCUGAGAUGAUUCUCACUAUAGGAACGUCGGAACUGAGUCCAGUCUUGAAAAAUACAUUUGAUUUGUUCAGGAAGUUUGUAGAAACGAGGUGGAUCAGAAUAGGCUUAUCCAACGACGUAUUCACUCAGAACAGGUCAAGGUGGAAAGAGACGGAAAAGAAGAAUGAUAGGAAGUUUGAUUUGUGAAGAGAAAUGAGAGGAGGGGGUGGGGGGUGAAUACGACUGAGGAAGGUACGAAACCCAAUAGUAACACAAUCAAAGAAGUUUGGAAAAGAAAAAGAACCCCCCCAAAAAAAACAACAACAACAAAAAACAAAACACACACAAACAAACAAACAAACAAACAAACAAACAAACAAAGAAGAAUUGUUUCGGAGUGAUACAAAAGGUGAACGGGAAAUAGGAGACAGGAAAAGGGGGAAUGAUGAAAAAAGAUGAAUGAGAAGGGAGAAAUAGAUGCAGGGGGAAUGGUGACUUUUUUUUUUACAGUAGGAAGAGAGGGAGCCAAACAAAGGAAUGGUUGGAAAUGGAAAAGCGAAAGAAAAAUGAGGUUAAAAAGAAAAGAUGAAGGGGAAAAGAGAACACGGCAAAGGAAGAAAGAUGAAGGGAAUAAAAAAGUAGAGAAGGCAGUAAGACAGGAAAACGUGACUAAUGAAAUGUGGAAUAAUGAUGGUGAGAUUCCAGCACAUUUAAAGUGGAAGUAAGGAAGUGACCUCGUGAAUGCUGCUAUUUCCUCGCAACAUUUCUUCCUAAAAACAGCUGUGGCACGUACAAUGGGAAGCUCAAUGGGGAAAUAUUGUUGUACAUAUCAUCACUGCUUAUCGUUUUUUCGUGCAUCAUUCGGAAAUUCAGGCAUGUCUUCUCGUCCGUUUACGCUUUGAGAUUCAUUUCAAAUACAUCACUUGUGCUUACAGAAGAAGACAUCUCC